GUCUACUUCGCUGCAUCGUUGGAUGUGGCUAUGGUGGUUGCAAGCUCAAUAUCUCCUUGUGGCCAUAACUAGUGUUUCUGGCUUGUUCGCACUACAUUGGAAUGAUUCUACAUCCAGUGCCGUCGUCUGUGAACUGAGCUUCACAGUGUGUAGAUUUUAGGUUUUAGCGGCACUGCGAGCGGCGUUGGAAAAAGCGUUAUUGUCUGUUGAAUUACUCCGAAGAUUGUCUUCUAUGUGUUAGCAUUGUUAGUGUCUACUGGUUGCAGCUAUGGCGACGACCUGCGGUUUUGAGUGGACGUCUUUGACGUCUUGCUGCUCUCAAUUAGGUGAGGUUUCUAGUAGUAGAAGUAGGAGUACAGGGAGCUUUGCAGGGCUUUCAUCGGGGAGCAGUGAAUGUUUUGGCGUGCGUACGAGCUUGCGUAUUGUGGAUCGCAAUGCCAUAAGGCGCGUGCCGUGUUGUUCUCAUAGACCAGCUACAGCUGCUUCCGUUGAACAUUCCGAAAGAAGAUGGCAUUAUCGGCCUGCGAAAGUAGGUUUAGCAUUUCUUGCAGGGAACCUCCUGCUGGAGUGCAGUGCAAGGGCUGAAUCUCUACCAGAUUUGCUUGUCGACGCUGCCGGGGGCAAUGUGAACAAUCUUAUUACCGUUUUGUGCAUUGCUGAAGCCGUUGCGUUGACUGGAGCAGUCGUUGCAGGUGUAAUUGCGCGACAAAGAAGAGACGAGUUGUAUAACAUCAACACUCAACUCCGGCAGAUCAAUCUAAAUCUAAGGAGACAGGCGCGAGUAGAGUCAUAUGCACCUAGUUUGAAAUAUGCACCUGUCGCAGGUCGCUCUAGUGUUGCAACAGCAGAACCUGUAGACCUAGGAAAGGAGGAGUUGCUGCAGUUUUUGAGAUCUGGAAAACGAUUGCUGCGUGAACAGAAUCCUGCUGGAGCAUUUCUUGAGUUUGAAAAGGCCCUUCAACUGGCCAGGAAGUACAGAGACACUGUGGAAGAGAAGAAAGCCGCACGAGGGCUAGGGGCUGCAUGCCAGCGGCAGAAGAAGUACAGGGAUGCAAUUAAGUUUCAUCAGCUGGUUCUAUCGAUAUCCGACAAGACCAAUGAAUUUUCAGGAAAUACCGAAGCCUAUGGAGCCAUCGGUGAUUGCUAUUCCGAAAUUGGUGAAAUGGAGUCGGCCGCGAAGUAUUAUGACAUGUACAUUGAUAGGCUGCAGAAUGAAGAUGUUGAUUAAGAGGUUUCUUGCUCUACCUGAUAGUCUUGCGUAUUUUGGUUAGAAUCGGGGUAAAUGCUUAUUUCAAACAGGUUAGUGAUGUGCAGUUGAAAGGAUGUUACUCCAAAUUUGGAGAGGAUUUUUGGGGUCAAACAAUUACGAUGACUGUAGUGAUAAGCAACCAAGCGAUAUUCGGAUCAAGUGAAGGCAUAUUUGCUGAGGGGUUUCUCAAACAUAAUUGUUAAUUUCACGCACCUUCCAGAAUUCACUGUUUCACUUCUGCAGAAACAUUUUGAUGAGCCCUUUACCACGCACACCGUAAUCGCGAUUAGUGAGUGUGAUGUCCACACCUACCUGCCCAAGGCUGUACUUGGGCACAUGUUUCAAGCAUUCUAUUCCAAGCGAAUGCCCAAAUUUAAGAAGAUAAGACAAUUUUUAGA